AUGCCUCUUCAUUUACUGGGCAAAAAGUCCUGGAACGUUUACAAUGCGGACAACAUCGCCCGCGUCCGCCGAGAUGAGGCCGCUGCAAAGGCCAAGGAAGAGGCUGAGGAGCAGCGUAUGCAAGAAGUCGAUGCCGAGCGCCGUCUAGCCAUCCUUCGAGGCGAAGCGCCACCGCCUCUUGCCCCAGUUGAAGCCCCUGAAGAUGAGCCACGGCCUCGGGACCGUGAUGCUGGAUCCGCCGGUAGAGAGAAGAAGAAGCGCAAGCGCGCUGGUGAGGACGAUACUGAGUUUGAGUUACGUGUUGCAAAAGAGCGUGCGGACGUAUUAGAAACGGCAAACGAUACGCUGCGCAAGUCGACCAGCUCUGCACCUAUCGUCGACAGCGCCGGCCAUAUCGACCUCUUUGGCGAAGAGCGCAAACAGGGUCGCCAUCUGAAGAACGAAGAAGCCGAGAAAGAGGCCGCCAAAAAGAAGAAGGAACUCGAAGAUCAAUACACCAUGCGAUUCUCGAAUGCUGCCGGUAGGGACGGCUUGGUCGGUCCCUGGUAUGCCGCCUCCGGGGCCAUCACAGAACUCGAACCCCCGAGUAAGGAUGCAUGGGGCAAUGAAGACCCUGGGCGGAAGAAGAGAGAUGCCGAGAGGAUAGUUUCGAACGAUCCUCUCGCCUUGAUGAAAAUGGGUGCCUCCAGGGUGCGCCAAGUCAAGAAGGAACGCCAAAACCUCGAAGCCGAGCGACAGGGAGAACUGGAACAACUACGCAUGGAGGAGAAGCGCAAGCGCAAGGAGAGGCAUGAGCGGUGGAGACGAGAUCAAAAACGGUUUGAAGAACGACACCUCAGACCUCGAUCCCAAGAAAGGGGUCGCGACGAAGAAAGACAUGGAUCCAGGAAGGAUGAUGACCGUCGCCGUGUAUCGACCCGAGACGAUGAGCGCUCCCGAAAUGAUGGCCGUCGCCACAGAGAAAGAAGCCAGCGUUCCGAAAGAGGGGUCGGAGAUGAAAAGAGACGAUCAACAGUCACACAAAAUCAGGACGAAACAACAAGCCAGCCAGAAAGUGAAAGAGGCAAGCGGGACUCGGUUCCACAACGACGACAGGACAGUUGA